UUGCAGCUUUGCAGCUUUGCGGCUUUGCCUCCCUUCCCCCUCACCCUUUUGGGGCCCCUGAACCUGCAGACAGUGGAGUUGGGGGGGCAGCCGCCCUGGUUCUCCAGGCAGGGGUUCUGGGGGACGCAGACGCGGCCGUCGCCAUGCUACAGCUACAACUACAACUACAACUUCAACUACAGCUACAGGUACAGCUACAGCUACAAUUAUAGCUACAACUACAGCUACAAUUAUAGCUACAGCUACAGCUACAACUACAGCUACAGCUACAGCUACAGCUACAGCUACAGCUACAGCUACAACUACAGCUACAACUACAGCUACAGGUACAGCUACAGCUACAAUUAUAGCUACAACUACAGCUACAAUUAUAGCUACAAAUACAGCUACAACUACAGCUACAGCUACAGCUACAGCUACAACUACAACUACAAUUACAGCUACAACUACAACUACAAUUACAGCUAUAACUACAACUACAAUUACAGCUACAAACCAUCUAGAGACGCCUCAGGACCAUCUAGAAACACCUCAGGACCAUCUAGAGACACCUCUGGACACCUGCAGAACCCCUCGGACCGCCCCCGCUCCGCCUACCUGCAGUUGGCGGUGCGGACCGGGGAGAAUCCCCGUGGACACCUGGCGGUGGCGGCGGCGGCGCAGGAGGUGCAGUCGGUGAACGUUUCCUCCCUCUGCGGGACGUCACAGCGACCGGGGGGCAACGUCUGA